UGUUAGAUUCAUCUACAGAAAAAUAAGCUAAAUUUGCUUUGAACUUUUUAUGCAAAAUAUGACAGACUGCUUUUGUAAAAUGAUAUCUCGUUACUGGAUUUAAGCCCGAUUGCAAAACAUGUUCUUGUCACUUUCGAGUUGUGUCAUAUGAAGAAACAUGUUCGUGACCCGAUUAGAUUCGAGCCUAUGAUACCUGGGUUUAGAGGCAGACACCUGGGACUACUAACAGAGAAAGAAAAUUGUCUGCAUAUGUUGAUCAGUAAUUGAAAUAAAACAAUCAUAACAACGAGAUCAUGACACAGACACAGACGAAAGAUUUUGCAUGCAGGACAAUAUUUAGGUCACGUGAGAUAAGUGAGUCUUGAAACAAGAACAUUACUUCCACAAAUGAUGGAUUCGUUGUUAAAGGAAGGCGGCUUUUGGAACUGGCUAAAAAGUCACCUGGCAAUGGUUUUGACAAAAAGAGGAAUAGAGUCGACUUUGGAAGACGAUUUAAAUAACUUUAUCCAAACAGUCCUUACAGAACACAAGAUAAAUAAAAGUUCCAUUUGCAAUUCAUGUACGACUGAACUUAUUUUGAGCUGUCCAACGAAAAACUUUUGUGUCAAGGGACGUCAAAAUAGAUGUGUUUCCCAUAGGUCAACGAUUCAAGGAGAGGUACCUGGAAGAAAUUGUGCAAAGGACAUAUGCCAUCAUAUCCGAGACGAAAUACGAAAACAGCACAGGCAGAUACCUAAUUGGAAAAGUACAGACGCAACAAGAUGGGGCACCGACUUAGUCGAAAUAGCGAAAUGUUUUGUGCCUCCUACAGACCGUUACAGAAAUGCCAAGAGCCUUAAGGAUGUGGAUUUUAAUGGGUUUCUUUCCAUACUUAUAUGUAAAAAAAGCUUUGGACGCACAAUGCCAAAUUUGCUCAGUGAAAAAGUAAAUAAGGUCACAAAGGUGCGUGAUAUGGGCAAUGAUAUAAGACAUUCUGGAGAUUUGAUUGUUUCACGAACAAAUCUAGAAAGUUAUAUUGACAGUUUGAUAAGUCUUCUUUCCGAUGCUGAAUGUUUGGCUCAUAACGAAGCAGCACAAGAAGCAGUGAAACAGCUUUACUUGCUGAAGAAGAAUGAAGUAACCGUCCCCGUUGAACAUUUAAAUGAAGCGUUAGAGAAUGCCGGUGAAGAAAUAGACCAACACUUAAAUAAGAAAGACGCAGAAUCGACCACUGGAAAUAAAUCAGAAAGGCAGAAUAAAGAAGAUGCCGAUGCAAAUACCACGUAA